GCAGGAGAGCGUUGUUUUAUUAAUUUUGUGAUCGGAUCGGAAUAAACCCUGAAAUUUAUUCUGUUACAUAAUAUUACAACGCAUUUAAUCGAUAAUGUCAACGUGGGAACAUCGUAGUUCUAGCGCUUGCAAUUCAGCCAACAGCGUUUUCAUCCAAAACUUGGACAAGUCAAUAGAUAAGGAAACCUUGAAUGAUAUUUGCUCGGUAUUCGGAAGAAUUCUACGUUGUGAAAUUAGUCACGACAAGAAAUCCAGUAAGAUUACAUAUGGAUUUGUGGGCUACGAUAGCGAAGAUUCGGCAAAUGCAUGCAUCCAGGCGCUUAAUGGGAUGGAACUGUUGGAUCGUAAAAUUACCGUUAAAAAAUCAACAUCUGUUGCUGCGCAACAACAGGAUAAAAUGUCAUGCAACCUUUAUGUAAAGAACUUUGGUGAGGAAUUGACCACCGAAUCGUUAAAGGAACUGUUUGGUAAGUUUGGGGCGAUAAAAAAUCAUCGAGUAGUCAUAGAUAAGAAGAGUGGCAAAAGUUGCGGUCACGGUUUUGUGGUAUUCGAGAAUUCUUCUUCAGCAGCACGGGCUAUCCAAGAAUUGAACGGCUGGAAACUGGCUAACGGUAAGCAGCUACAAGUGGGAAGUGCUGUGAAUAAACCCCAGGAUAACCCCGUUAAGCAUCAUGAUCCAAACGGAAUUCAAUUUCGCCAGGGUUUCAAUUUGCACGUGAAUAAUCUUGAUGCAUCGAUCAGCGACAAAGGUUUGCGUGAGAUGUUCAAACCCUACGGUAACGUAAUCUCCACCAGGGUCAUGCAAGGUCCUAAUGGCAAAUCAAAGGAAUAUGGUUUUGUCUGUUUCUCUAAGGUAGAUGAAGCCCUCGUAGCUUUGCUUCAGAUGAAUGGCAAGCGUGUAGGUACGAAGGCACUUCACGUGUCGAUGGCGCAAUGCAAAAAAGACCGAGAACCGAUGGCACAGUGUGUACAGCAGUUAGCGAACAUGGCAAUGUGCGGUGCGUCUCCACCGAAUCCAUGGUUACCCCUCGUGUACUCGACCGGUAUGUCGAAAUGUGACGAUCAGAAGAAGAAAAAUGGUACUAAUAAGCAAAAUAAUGAGAAGGAUGAGGAGAAAGCAGUUAAAGUUCUUCCAGGUUUUCCGGGUAUGGCUGCUAUGUAAUUUGUACUAAUGCUAAUGCUUAGGAACAAACGUUGAAAGGUGAAUUGAUGAUUAUCCGAGGUAAUGAUUCU